AUGGACCCUGACCGAUGGGCCAAAGACAACGCUUUGUCCGAAGAUAUCGAAGGAAUCAGUUUGGGCUCGGGCUACAUGGUCCACAAUGAUCCAGGAGCUUCGCCCAACACUGGAUGCAACAGCGAUAGAUAUACUUGCACAAAGCCAAAGCCACUUACACGACCACAACUCCACAAACGUCCGGUCGUCUCCCAUCUUUGA